UCGUCUUUUGCAGUGUGUAUCGCCCGAGCGAUAAAACAUCAAAGAAAAAUCGGCUAUGGACUGACACUGGAAUAACCCAAGACGGGAGUGGGCGGUUUCUCCAGGGCUGGUUACUUUUUAUAUUUUUUCCAUUUUUGAAAUUUGGCAGGUGACUGAUCUUUUGUUCUGGCAGUUUUCCUCCACCAAAUUGCACUUGGUAAGGUGUCCCAAAGUGGUCCAGUAAAGAGAAGGAGGAGUCACAAUUCCACAUUUUUGUUAUUUUCCCUUCGAGGGGUGGUGUGUACUGAUAAGGCCACCCAGAGCAUGGGGCAGAAGGUUCCUGGAGGCAUCAGGACUGUGGAUAUGCGGGACCCUGCAUACCGGCCCUUCAAGUUAGAAUUGCAGAACCUGGACUAUAUGAAGCCAGCACGGCUAGACAUGCUGCUCGACAUGCCCUCUGCUGGUCCGGACGUGCAGGUGCAGCACUCCUGGAACAAUGAUGACCGCUCACUCAACAUCUUUGUCAAAGAGGACAACAAGCUAGUCUUCCAUCGGCAUCCUGUGGCCCAGAGCACGGAUGGCAUCCGAGGCCGGGUGGGUUACACACGAGGGCUGCAUGUGUGGGAGAUUAGCUGGGCCAUGCGCCAGCGGGGCACGCAUGCGGUGGUGGGUGUGGCCACAGGCGAGGCUCCCCUACAUUCGGUAGGGUAUACAGCGCUGAUAGGCAACAAUCAUGAGUCCUGGGGCUGGGACCUGGGCCGGAACAAACUGUAUCAUGACUGCAAGAACCAGCCCAAUAAGACCUACCCUGCCUUUUUGGAGCCAGAUGAAACAUUUAUUGUACCUGACUCAUUUCUGGUGAUUUUAGAUAUGGAUGAGGGGACACUAAGCUUCAUGGUGGAUGGACAGUAUCUAGGUGUUGCUUUCAGAGGACUCAAGGGGAAGAAAUUGUAUCCUGUAGUGAGUGCGGUGUGGGGACACUGUGAAAUUCGGAUCCGGUACAUAAACGGACUUGACCCAGAGCCUUUACCCCUUAUGGAUCUGUGUCGACGAUCAGUGCGUCUAGCACUGGGAAAGGAACGACUUGGUGAGAUCCCUUGCUUGCCUGUGCCUGCCUCCCUUAAAGACUACUUGCUCUACCAGUGAGAAGAAUCCCCCUUUCAAGGACUUCUUGAGAAGAAUCCCCCUUUCAAGGACUUCUUGCUUGACGAAGGAGGGACACCCUUAGACCUCUCACUUGCAGAGGAGGUGGAGUUGCCAUUUUCCUCAGAGAUGACCCAGAUGAUCGUCACAAAGACCUUUGAUCUGCUAUCCAGUGUGCAUCUAACUCCUCCUUUUACAUUUGGCUGUUUUAGCAAAUGGUUUAGACAGUACUUGUUGCAUAUUUUGAAAUGCCCAUCCUGUUUACUAUCUGGUUAUCAUCACCUUUUAACUUUUUUCCUCAUCCUAAUAGGGCUGGAAGUACUCUUAGAGGUAAAACAUAGCUGGCCAUCUGCACCAAGCAAAGGGCACUGGUGGUUUGCUUUGUAUACUCAAGGGUCGCAAAUUAGAUAGUUACCGUGUGGUCACCACUUAUCUCCUUCUGGUCAAACAGUGUCAUUGUUGCUGGUAACAAUUUUGUUCCCAAGCACUCGUAUGGGUUCUGAUUUAAGCAUAGACUUUAGCUUGAUUCAUUUUCUAUUUUUGCACUUUUCACAUUGAUAUUGGCAAUUAGGAUUCUGUUUGUAGGCAGCACUUGCAAAACAGAUGCUGCCUUUCAGUGAUCCAUCUGUUGGCAAGUAUGUGCUCAAAUCUGUUCAUUAUUCUGGGUUUUAUUAUUAUGCUUUUCAGUUCAGUCAUGAAGUGUUUCUUAAAUUUACAAAUAAAAUUCUCAAGGUGUAAAUUUUCCUCCUUUUUAAACAUUACAUCCUGGAAACACAGCAAUAGCAGAUGAGAAAAUUUUCUGGCAGAUUUGAGGAAUAAUUCUCUCAACAGACACUGUCACACUACAAAACACUAACGUUAUAGUGCAGAAAAGGCUGAAGUGCCUGUUUGUGUCAUACUGAAAAAUUAUAAAUGAGUAGUAUUGAUUAUUGGGGGGGUUAAACUGAUAAAACAAUAAAAUCACUAUGAUUCUGUAGCCCUCCAGUAUCAAGAACUCUUUCUUAAAAAGUACUGAACAUUUAAUGGAUCACAUGUCAGUCUUUAAAUAUUUGGUCCUUUUUUAUGCCUGUAAGGAUCUAAGGGUUUGCUCAGAUGGUUUGAAGAGCCAGGAAGGCCUUGGGCAGAGUGUGUAAAUAGUUUGUGAUAUUGCUGCUUUAGGUUGCCUUUUAAGUGAACUUUUUAUAAGUAUGAGGUCAUUGCAAAACCUACGAGCCAAUUUUGUCUUACAUUAGUUGACUUCACCUGGUUGUGGGUGUUUUCU